AUGCAUUCCUACAUUCGACCAUUGCAAUAUUGCAUGGUUCAGCUGCCGUCAGACCAGCUCAAACUUAUCCGGCCAGUACCAAACACUAUAGUCCAACUAGGCAAAUAUGGUAGCUUUGCCGCAAAUCAGAUCCUCGGUCGCCCGUUCUACCUGACUUUCGAGAUCCUUGACACUCCGGAACCCGAUGGAUAUGGGCUACGAAUCGUUUCAGCCACUGAAUUGCAUGCGGAAACGCUCAUUGAAGAAGCGGAGGCCGAUGGCGAGGGUGACGAUGGGGAACCUAGCGAGGAAAUGCGCACGAAUAAGGGAAUCAACGACGACAACUCCGCCCAACGCCUAACCAUGGAGGAGAUUGAAGAGCUCAAGAAGGAGAGUGGUGCUGCGGGCAGAGACAUUGUCGCAAAGAUCAUGGAGUCGCACUCGACUAUCGACCAGAAGACUGCGUUCUCGCUGGCUAAAUAUACACUUCGGAAGCGCAAGAAGUAUAUCAAACGAUUUACAAUCCUUCCUCUUGACGUCAGCGUCCUCGCCAAUUACAUGCUGGCGGAGAAGGAUGCUGGGAGGACUAUGGAGCUACGCGAUGAGCAUAUUGGUCUUCUUGGUUGCUUGGGCAAUGUGCACUCUGCUGGAACAUCCGAUGUCGAAGCCCUCCUCGAUGUCAAACCCAAUGGUAGAUAUAUUGUGGUCGAUGAUACUGGCGGCCUCAUUGUUGCCGCCAUGGCUGAGCGAAUGGGAAUCUUAUACCCCCAUGACGAGGACGAGGAAGAUCAAAGCCCAACGGGUGAGGCUUUGCCCUCAUCUGGUGAUGGUAAUCAAGGACCACAGAGCACUACUAAGCCAAGCCGCCGUCAGCACAUUCAAGGAAUGACUGCGUUCGAAAACACGAUCACAGUCAUUUCUGCACAAUCGCAACCGAAUCUGUCACUUCUGAAAUAUUUCGGCUAUGACACAAGCAGUCCCGAUGAAACCCAUCCUCUUCACACACAUCUCAAAUCCAUUUCUUGGCUGCAAUUGGUCGACCCCUCUCGCGACCCCAUCAUUUCAGCAGAACCGCCCAUUAUUCCUGAUGCGGAAUUGGCCGAGAUGAAAAGCAACAAGCGACAGGGAUAUUACUUCAAGCGCAACCGAUGGUCGAGGAACAAGGCUGUGGCCGAUGAGGCCCGCGCAGGUGGGUUCAACGGCCUGAUCGUAGGCACCUUGUUCGAGCCAUCUAGCGUCUUGAAGCACGUUGUCCCACUACUUGCCGGCUCAUCCCAAGUGUCCAUCUACUCCCCUAAUAUCGAGCCACUUGUCGAACUAAUGGAUCUCUACUCGGUUGCGCGUAGAACCGCCUUCAUUAACCGCAAGCGAGAUUUGGAGUCUCGUGCACCCGUGGACGGCGAGGCCGACUUAUCCUCCUUAUACGAAGAAUUCACCCUCAACCCCUCUUUAAUCCUGAGCCCAUCUCUGCAUCAUAUUCGUGUGCGACCUUGGCAGGUCCUUCCUGGUCGAACUCACCCUAUGAUGACAGGGCGUGGCGGGGCAGAGGGUUACUUGUUUCAUGCCAUACGGGUUAUUCCGGCCGAAGAUAACGUUCAAGCUGCUGGCAACUUCCGCAAGAAGCGCAAGUUGGAAACAACAUCCACUCCUGCAAGUGAUAAGGAUAUUGUGAUGUUGUGA